UUAGAGUUACUGUUCUGAAAUUAUAGGUGGCGCUGCAACCAAAACAGGAAGUUAGAUUUUGGCAGGGCCUUUCAAACUGAAAAAAAGUAGAAAAACAAACGAUUUUACCGUUUUAAAGUAUUACAGAUAGUUGUCAUUGUCAGAAAAAAGUAUGUUUAAGGCUUCACAGACUGCACAGCGAUAUAUACCAGGUCUAAAUCAAAGACCAGCUGAUGUACCUCAGGAAGAUGUUGUUCCUAACAGUCAGAUACCUAAAGAUAUUCCACCAGAGUUAGUUAGAGAUUUUAAGAGUGGAGCUAAACAUCCAGUGAGUGCUCUGAAUGAAUUUUGUGCCUUACAACGGAGGAAGUUAGAAGUAAGAGAAGUCGCAGUCACUGUUAUGACACUUAGUGUAUCGUUUGCCAGUCAAUGUGAUGUUGACGGGAGAAAAUUUCCUCAGGGGGUCGGUAAAACUAAGAAAGAGGCUAAAACUAAUGCUGCACAUAUAGCGCUGAGUAUACUGUUAGGUCUACAAGAUCAUCACCAAGAUGAAGAUGAAAGUGGGAAUGUGAUAUUUGAUUCAAUGGGAAGAAAGAUAGUAAUGAAAGAUGGCCAUGAGAGAGCCGUAUGUGUCAAUGCACCAUUCACUACACAGGCUGAGACCAAGGCAGCUGCAUCUUUACAGAAAACUCCAGUCCAACAGCUACAAGAAUACUGUUCACAGCGAAGAGUACCAUUUAACAUAGAAGUCAGUGAACAUCCUGGACCAUUUGGAUUUGAAGCAUUGGUAUAUGUUGAUGAUGAUUUAAUCGCUAAAGAAAGCGCCAGAACUAAAAAAGAUGCAAAGAACCAAGCUGUGUCAGAGGCUUUGUCUCUUCUCAUACAAUCUAAUACAUACCCUACUGUAAAUAAAAUAAUUGAAGAAGACAGAAUAGCUCAGUUGUCUUUUAAAGUAUUAAACGAGAAACUAAAAGAUGUUCCAGAGAUAGCCAAUGAUAAGAUCUCAUUAGCUGCAUUUCUUAUAAAGAGAGGUGACUCUGAACCACAAGUUGUAGCUUUUGGCACCGGUAACUGUUGUCUAUCUAAAGACAGUCUGACAUUGGAUGGACGAUGUAUGAUUGAUAGCUAUGCAGUAGCGUUGGCUAGGAGAGCACUUGUCAAAUACUUUUUCAAAGAAAUAAAGAGUUUUUGGGAAGGUGGAUCUGGAGCCAAGAUAUUAUCCAUCUUUGAGCAGGUUACAGAGACAUCUCGUAUGCUGAGAUUAAAAGAACACAUCACCUUACACUUGUUCGUAACAGACCCUCCAACUGGAGACUAUGGUUACUACGCUGAUUUGAGACCCUGUACACCAUUAUCUGACGAGAAACAACAGUUGGUAUCACAAGGAGCACACUUUCCAAACUUUGCAGAAGAUUUACCUGGCUGGUUUAAUACAAAGAAUGAAGAUGGUGAAGUUUUACCUGUAGAAGAGGACCAAGAACCACGACAAACCAUGGCCGAUUUGAGUAGUGAUCAAUCGUUAUUACUGAUGACGUGUAGUGAUAAACUGUUACUAUGGAAUGUUGUAGGUGUCCAGGGGGCACUGUUCAGUAACUUUUUACAACCAACAUACAUAUCUUCCAUAACUGUAGGUCGUCAGUAUGAUCAUGGACAUUUCUCACGUGCCAUGUGUUGUCGUGUGUAUGAUGUCCUAGAAAAGGACCUUCCUAACGGUUAUCAAAUCAAUCAUCCCACCUUGACAACAUUGUCGUCUCCCUAUCAACACCACGAUGAAACGUUAACACAUUUGUGUAUGAACUGGUCAGUGGAGGAUGAAGUAGAAGUCAUAGAUGGUCUGGAAGGUAGAACUGAUGAUAUAUCUCCAUCCAAAACUGGACCUACAAAAGCAAGUCGUCUAUGUAAAGCUGGUUUUCUUCAUAGAUAUAAAGAGUUAGCUAAAUUGACUUCACAGAAUCAACUUCUUCAAGUGCCUACAUACUCUGCAGCCAAACAAAUGAACAAAAACUAUCAAAGAGCCAAACAGGCAUUCAGAAAACAUUGUCAUGACAUUGGAAUAGGAAACUGGGUCCGUAAACCAGUUGAAGUUGAUCAAUUUGUCAAGUGACUAUACAGAACAUUGGCAAUUGGCUUUACAGAACAUUGUCAAGUGACUAUACAGAACAGUGGCAAUUGGCUACACAGAAGAUUGUCAAGUGACUAUACAGAACAUUGGCAAUUGGCUAUACAGAAGAUUGUCAAGUGACUAUACAGAGCAUUGGCAAUUGGCUAUACAGAACAUUGUCAAGUGACUAUACAGAACAUUGGCAAUUGGCUAUACAAAAGGUCUUUCAUGUCAUCCUGUACAAAUGGAAUGGAUCAUCAGUCAUAUGAUACUUGUUCAUGUCAACAUAAAUCAUAUGCUCUUUUAUCAUGUGAUCAAUAGUCUAGUGCUCAUUUAUCAUUGUUCAUUGCAAUUGUCAUGAUAUUUAUCAUUGUGCAUUGCAAUUUUCAUGAUAUUUAUCCUAGUUCAUUGCAAUUGUCAUGAGAUUUAUCAUUGUUCAUUGCAAUUUUCAUGAGAUUUAUCAUUGUUCAUUGCAAUUGACAUGAGAUUUAUCAUUGUUCAUUGCAAUUGUCAUGAGAUUUAUCAUUGUUCAUUGCAAUUGUCAUAAGAUUUAUCAUUGUUCAUCGCAAUUGACAUAAGAUUUAUCAUUGUUCAUUGCAAUUUUCAUGAGAUUUAUCAUUGUUCAUUGCAAUUGUCAUGAUAUUUAUCAUUGUUCAUUGCAAUUGACAUGAGAUUUAUCAUUGUUCAUUGCAAUUGUCAUGAGGUGUCCCAUGGUGAUCUAAUUGUUUUAAUUGAUUUUGUAUUUUCAAUGAGAUUUUUGUGCAAAUUUUGACAACAUUCAUUUGUUGACAUGUGUAACAUUGUCAACAGAAGGCAAAUUGUCCUGUUCAGAUUUGUGAUAUGAACUUGCUCAAACUUGUGAUGAAAUUUGAGCUUUUGCUCUGUGUUGAAACCACGGAGUGUGACUUUCAGAUGAAGAACAGCAAUAUUAGAAUCUAUUCCUGUGCAAUUGUCAAGUGUGUGUACUAUUUUGUUUUAUGGAUUGAUACACAAUAUCUUUUCUAUUACAUUGUUUCUGGGGACAGUUGUCUUAUUGGUAGUCAUACCACAUGUACAGGUGUGUCUUCAUUUUGUUAUAUUUGUAUGCAUUGUUUCAUCAUUUUAAAAAUAGCUAUUCAAUUUUUAAAAACCAUCAUGCAGUCAGGGGAAAUGCUUAGGCAGGUAUUAUUUAUAUAUACUUGCAUCAACUUUAAAAUAAGUCUUUGUGGGUUAAAACAUUCCUCUUUUUUUCUAUUUCUGGAUUGUUAAUUAUUUUGUAGAAUCAACUGUUCAAUGUUUCUAAACAAAGACAUUUAUUGCUUAUAAAUAGAUGUAGGCAGUUUUUAAAAAUAAU